UAAAAGCAGUACAAUCUACUUGCACAAUCUACUUCCGCCGGCUAACUGGCUUUGUUAAUUUUUAAAGAUUGUUAUUGUCUUUUGUUAUUAUACAGCAAACAUGAGUGGGGGCGUUUAUGGUGGAGAUGAGGUUGGUGCCCUUGUUUUUGAUGUUGGUUCAUAUUCCUUUAGAGCAGGCUAUGCUGGAGAAGACUCACCUAAGGCAGAGUUACCAACUCAUAUUGGGGUCAUGGAUGAAGUUGAUACAGCAAUGGAAACUGAUGACAGGAGCCUACAGUCAGACAAAAAAUACUUUUUGGACACUAAUGCUAUUAAAGUGCCUCGAAAAGGAAUGGAGAUAAACACAUUUUUAAAGGAUGGAAUGAUUGAUAACUGGGAUGUAUUUGAGAAAGUUCUUGAUCACACAUACAGCCGCCAUGUUAAGUCUGAGUCACAGUUCCAUCCAGUCAUGAUGUCAGAAUCCGCAUGGAACAGUAAAGCAAAGAGAGAAAAGGUUACAGAAAUCAUGUUUGAGAAGUACAAUGUACCAGCAUUCUUCCUAUGUAAAAAUGCAGUGCUUUCUGCAUUUGCCAAUGGGCGAUCAACAGGUUUAGUUUUAGACUCAGGUGCGACUCACACAACAGCAGUUCCUGUGUACGAUGGCUAUGUUAUACAGCAAGCCAUUGUGAAGUCACCAUUAGCAGGGGAUUUCGUCACAAUGGAGUGCAGAAAAUUAAUGGAAGAACACAAGAUAGACGUUGUACCACCCUAUAUGAUCAAAAGCAAGGAAGUGGUUAAUUUUAUGGACCCUCCAAAGUGGACGAAGAAAGACAUCCCAGAAGUCACCAAAUCUUUUCAUAAUUACAUGGUUAAGGAUGUUCUACAAGACUUUGCUGCUUCAGUUCUACAAGUUAUAGAUCAGCCGUAUGAUCAGAUUCAAGCGGAGACCAUGCCCUCUGUGCAUUAUGAGUUUCCCAAUGGUUACAAUAGAGAUUUUGGUUCUGAGAGAUUCAAGACAUGUGAGGGAUUGUUUGAUCCAGCUAUCAUGAAGGAUCUGCCCAGUGGGAACACUAUGUUGAGUGUUGGUCAUGUGGUUACAACCAGUGUAGGAAUGUGCGACAUUGACAUUCGACCGAGUUUAUAUAACAGUGUUAUUGUGGUAGGAGGUAACUCCUUGAUGCAGGGGUUCACAGACAGAUUGAACAGAGAUUUAUCUGCAAAAACACCACCGAGCAUGAGGUUAAAGAUUAUUUCCGCCACCGGAAGUGCAGAGCGAAGGUUCAGCAGUUGGAUCGGCGGAUCUAUUCUCGCCUCCCUGGGUUCAUUCCAGCAAAUGUGGAUUUCAAAACAGGAAUACGAUGAAGGGGGAAGAGGUUGUGUGGAAAGAAAAUGCCCUUGAAUUGACCCGAAUGAGAAACUCAUAUGUACAUAAUCAUUUCAUAAUCAUUUUCAUCCCCAUUAUACAUAACUGGUCAAGAGACCUUUUUAUGCAUAUCUCAUUGAAAAUUAAAAAAAAAAUAAUGUGUUUGUGGUGAUUGCGCGCCGAAGUGAGUGAGGACAAUUCAUUUAAUGACAAUCUACUGAAUUUAUCAUGGACACGAAGCUGACAUCAGCUAGGGACAAGGGGGAUAUAAAGGUCCUCUGCACCCUCGUGGCCUUGAAAAAAAAAACCAUUUAGAAGAAGCAGAAUUGCAAAUUUUAUUUUAUGAUCCCAGAGGGGAUGAUCUUGAUUUCUACCCUUCCAAUUCUUAUAAAAUUUGGUAUGAAAUCUUCUCUACAACCGUAUAUCUGUUAGAAACACUAAUUGCAUAGAGGUCUAAUACCAAUAUUGUAAAUUUCAUGAUCCCCGGGGUAGAGGUUGUAACUCUAGGGUGAGCCGGCAUAUAGUGUGUAUGUAUAGAACAUUUAAAUAACAUCUUAAUACUAAAUUGAACAUAAAUGGUUAUUUAGAAGGAGCAGACAGCCCCUUUAUCAAAUUAUAAAUUUCAUGGUCCAAGGGGUAGGGGUUUGGGUUCCAGUGUGGAGCCAUAAUGGGCAAAAUGAUUAAUGUUUAUCAUUUGAUUGAUUGAUUAAUGUUUUCCGGCUUUUAUCGGUGGAAUAAACUGGGAAACUUUCUUACUUCCAGGCGCGAGCGGGAUUCGAACCCGCGCCGACAGAGGUGAGAGGCCGUGUGAUUUUGAGCGCGAUGCUCUAACCACUCGACCACGGAGGCUUGAAAGACUUCUUUGAUUUUGCUGAUACUAUGUUUAAAAAAAAAAAAAAAAAAAAAAAAAAAAAUCUAAUGCAUAUUGAGGAAAAGCAUAAAUGGAAUGUACCUAAAUUGCAAAUUUCACAACCCCUAGGGUUCUCACUCUAGGACAGGUCCAAAAUAGUCAUCUAGUGUAAAUAUAGCACAUAUAUGAUGUAAUGAUUUUCAUCAGUAUGGACACUUUCGGGGACAUUUGUGUUUCAAGAACACAUCUUGUUUUAUACUGCUUCUGAAUAUUAGAAUUUAGCUUAGAUCUGCAGAAGAGAAAAAUUCACAGCCCUUGGGGCUAUUGAUACUUAUAACUUAUACUCAGGUGACCGAUAAGGCCUGUAACCUCUUGGUUUUAUAAUCAGCUCAACAAAGACGCUUCCACUGGCACUAUUGAUUUGAAAGGACAAUCAGUGGUGGAUCCAGGAUUUGCUAAUCACAUACAAGUAUGAAAUUAACUGGAAACGCCAGAUUUGAUUGUGAAGGCCAGCGGAGUUCCGGGGCAUGUCGAAACAUUGUUUGUGCCUAAUGGAGUUCGGGGGUAAAAAGAUGAAUUCUGAGCAAUGUUAGAUCCCAAUACACUGUCGGCAGCCUGGGGCUUGCCUCCGUAUAGUAUUAGCUUAAAGCAAAAUAUUGCAUUGUAAGUAAGAUUUGAUCCUUUCAUUGGGGUUCACUCCCCGAAAAUCUUGGAGCUGUAAGUGCAAUAUAUGGAUAGAAUUUUAAGUGAAACUUGCCUCGACCUCUCAAAAAUGUUUUACAACGCCUUCUGUAAAAUAUGGAAAGCUUUUACUUAUUAGUUAAAAAAAAUAAAUUGCGAAAAGAAAACACUCUGAAAGAGGAAAUUGUACUAGAAUAUAGGCUUCUACCAAAAAUUCAUCCACCACAAAAUAUUAGUCCUUUCCAAAUAUUUAGUGCAUUAGAUCUAGUUUUUGAAUUCAUGCAGGACGGAGUACAGUAUAUUUUUUUUUUAUGUUGAAACGAAAUUCUGAUAUAACACAAUACAAUUAAUAAGACCUGCGCAAAGCAUUUAAAAGUACUGAACUUUGUCCCCAGUUGAAGAAAAUCGUACCAAGGAAAUAUUUUUUAAAUAUAUAGGGAAAAUUGACAAGAAUAACAGGAGAGAGAAUUUUCAUGAUACACUGUAUUUUAGAGUUGCCACCCUUCCUGAGGCUGUGUUAAAUGCUCUAUCUCUAUUCUGUUUGAAGGUAAAAAUUGAGGAAAUUGAUUUCUCUUUCAACACUUGUAACAAACAAACUUACAAAAUGAUAAAACGAAAAAAGUUUAUGUUUUUAUACAUGCAAGUAAAAUGAAUAAAAUUUACCAUAUGGAA